AUGCUCGUCUUCGUCGGAAAACUUAACUACUCGCCUUAUGCCGCCGACGAGCUGAUCACGGUUGUCUUCCGUGACAAUGUUCAAGUUGGAGACAAGGUUGCUGUGAUCCUGCAAUGGUCCCAGGACGCUAGUGGACAAGCAAAGGCAAAUGCUAGUGCUCAUGGCACAGUCGGAAAGCUUUCUGCCGUUUCAAGCCCCCUGAACAAGAAAUUUGAAUUAUUCUCUGAUGAGAAGGAGAGCACUUACUAUUGGUAUAAGGGUGAGUUGUCUGGUACUAAAUUAAAUUUGGCCAUGUGGAAUAAGAAGGGCGAAGAGGUUGCGAAGAAUAUUGAGCUGCAGCUGAUUUUCGCUUGA